CAGAACAGAGCUACUCCUUUUUUCCUAAUAAAUAAUACAAACGCGUCUCCAGAGGCUGAGACCAGACUUUGCGUUCCCGCCGCCUGUUUCAUUCUCUCUCUCUCUCUCUCUCUCUGUGUCUCUGUGUCUGUCUCUGCAAGCUUGAAAAAGCUCAUAGUAAACGUAAAGAGAACAGAACUAGAAAGCAAGAAACAGAGCUCGUUUUGUAAACGAAGAAAAAGAAAACAGAGCACUCUUCUCUGGCUCUCAAAUGGCAAAGCCAAAGAACAAUGCCAAGAAACUUUCCUACAUCUCUGUUCCAUCCCAGAUCAUUAGUUCUUUGUCAUCGUCUUCUCUGCAAUCUCUUCUACUUUCCCCGAAAAAAUCUUCCAAGAAUAGGUUGUAUAGCUUCUUCACUACCUAUAGGAGUCCAAGAUUCUGGUUUUUCACUCUGUUCCUCUUUGGUCUUUUCGGUAUGAUGAAGUUGGGUUUCAAUGUUGACCCUUUGGUUCCAUUUCCUUCUUCAUAUCCAUGUUUUACGGGUCAAUCUCCAGUCUUGAGCUCUGAUAGGUCUUCAAAACUCCGUAGGACUAUCGCUUCAAGUGGCGAAAAUGGUGGGAAAAUGGAAGCUUUAACCGAUCUUAGCCUCCCGAGGGUAUCGAAAUCAAAUGGGUAUUCGGAAGAUGAGCAAAAAAGUGAAUUUUGGAAGCAACCGGAUGGAUUGGGGUACAAGCCGUGCUUGAGUUUCAGCAGAGAGUACAAAAAAACGAGUGGAGGGAUCGUGAAAAAUAGGAGAAAAUAUCUGAUGGUUGUCGUUUCAGGUGGAAUGAAUCAGCAAAGGAAUCAGAUUGUGGAUGCAGUGGUUAUUGCAAGGAUUCUUGGGGCUGCUUUGGUAGUUCCUGUUUUGCAAGUCAAUGUCAUUUGGGGUGACGAAAGUGAGUUUUCUGAUAUAUUUGAUUUGGAGCACUUCAAGAAAGUUCUUGCCGAUGAUGUGCGAAUAGUUUCGUCACUGCCAUCGACACAUAUAAUGACAAGGCCAGUGGAGGAGAAGCGGACUCCGCUUCAUGCCUCGCCUAAUUGGAUCCGCUCACGCUAUCUCAAAAGGAUUAAUAGGGAAGGGGUUCUACUGUUAAGAGGUUUGGAUUCAAGACUCUCUAACGAUCUUCCUUCUGAUCUUCAGAAACUUCGAUGCAAGGUUGCUUUCCAUGCGUUGAGGUUUGCGCCACCAAUAUUGGAACUUGGUAACAAGCUUGCUGAUAGGAUGCGGAGCAAAGGACCCUACCUUGCUCUUCAUCUUCGAAUGGAGAAGGAUGUAUGGGUGAGGACAGGCUGUCUACCUGGUUUGAGCCAUGAAUAUGAUGAGAUGAUAAGCAAUGAGAGGAAACAACGCCCAGAACUUCUGACUGCAAGAUCAAACAUGACUUACCAUGACAGAAAGCUUGCCGGUCUCUGCCCAUUGAAUGCCUUGGAGGUGACUAGGCUGCUUAAAGCUUUAGGAGCUCCCAAAAAUGCUAGGAUAUAUUGGGCUGGUGGCCAGCCACUUGGUGGAAAAGAAGCCUUGGAUCCAUUAUUCCACGAAUUUCCUGAUUUAUACAAUAAAGAAGAUCUUGCUUUGCCUGGUGAACUAGAGCUGUUUGCUAAUAGAGCUUCUUUCAUGGCUGCCAUUGACUAUAUUGUUAGUGAGAAAAGUGAUGUCUUCAUGCCGUCUCAUGGUGGAAAUAUGGGACAUGCCCUUCAGGGACAACGGGCUUAUGCAGGGCACAAGAAGUAUAUAACCCCAAAUAAAAGACAGAUGCUCCCUCAUUUUAUGAAUUCUUCACUUCCUGAAGCAGAGUUCAAUAGUAUCAUAAAGAGUUUGCACCGGGAGUCGUUAGGACAGCCGGAGCUUAGGAUUGGCAAGGCUGGAAGGGAUGUUACCAAGUAUCCCAUCCCCGAGUGUAUGUGCAACAAUUCGCGUGGCCAUUCAUAGUCAUGAGCUACAUAGCCAAAGUCUUCCAACUUGAUAGUUUUUCACUGCAAAAGAGUUCCUUCACUGAGAACAGGGAAGUUUUGGUGAAUACUUUGGACCGGAGUCAUUCGAAAAGCAAGUUUUCUUUUUUCAGGACAAUGAUGGUUCUUUCGCUUGCAAUUUUUGAACUGCAGCUAGGCAUUGAGGUUCUUACCUGCUUAUAUAUUUAUUCAUAUGCUGAGGCCAAGAUGGAUAUCUAUGAAUCACACAGUUUUACGACUAUACCUAUAAUUCUUUGAUUCUUUUAUAGGAAUAAUUCUUUCACAAUAUAUGUUCUUUUUCUUUUGUUCUUUCACUUACGUUCCUUGUACCACAUCUACAUUUCUGUAUCAUAGGACAUACGUGUAAAUUUGUAUUAUAUAAUAAUAUACAUAUAUAUAUAUAUAUAAAAUUUAGUGUUACAAAUUUCUUUGUUCAAAUAUAUAUUAUUCUCAGUAUCUGUUUAUUCGUCCAGUACAUUGAUUACUUAACCAUCAAGUUGUAAUAUUGAUUUCCAAGUCGUUGUACCUAAUUAUUUGCCAGAAAAGUAAAACUAGUUUCUUUAAGGAGCUACUUGGACUAGGAGCAAACUUUUAAAAAGGAAUGGUUCUUCAACAAUUUUAACAUAACAUCAGAAAAACGUGAAUCAUACAUUUGACAUUUUCUUAAGAGAAUCGAGUGAAUAAUCCACUAGCUUAGUUGCCUUGGCACAUGGUCCUUCAAUUUUUUUGGGGGGUGAGUUGAGAUUUUAAACGUAAACAAAAAUGGUAUCAUUGGUUUCUCAUUCUCGGUUGCGUAUACCAUGCAAAUGCCUCCUCUGUUUUUCCUUCUAUUGGACUAUAACGAUUUUCUUUCUUUCUUUAUUUUUUUUUUUUUCCAACAAAAGGAAUGUUGAACAAAGUCUAAUGGGAAUGUCAAGAUGUAUCAUAUGGAUGAGUGCAAUAGUUGUACUACAUCAUUGAGAAACUAGUCUAUUUGAAGGAUUAAAUUAGACAAGGCUAAAGAAAACAAAAAAAGAGUACAGAUUACUCCAUUAAUCAAUCAAUUGUUUCACUAAUAUUGAGAAAGGAUAUGAAACUUCACUUUUAAGAAAUCUUUUUCAAAAUCCAUUCUUCUCCGCAAGUUUAUUAUUUUUCCUUUCUGGUGUAUAUAUUAUUCAGUCUGCAUUGUUUAACAAGGAUAACAAGCCACCGUUCCACCGAGAAAAGAAAGACAAACUACAAGUUAUUCCAGUCAUUAUAUAUAUAUAUAUAUAUAUA